UGUUUUUUUAGUAUUUUGAGGUUAGCGACUUAUUUGAAUUUAUUCAAGGUUUUAAUUAUCAGAUAAAAUGUACACACGAAUGAUAGUACUUGUUAACGUGAAAAAUUUUACCAUGAAUAGUGAAAUAUUAAAUUGAAAAGCAAGAGCCACAAAGAUGAGGAGAAAUAUCAAGACUUUAUUUAAAUAUUCCCUAAUUUCUGGCAUAACAGUAGUGUGUACAGUAGUAAUUUAUAAGACACUUGAGAAUAUUCCUAAUAUUAAAGAUUCCGAGCCGGCUGAACUUCAAAGAAAAAUAUCAGUAAAGAAGUCUGUAUCAUCAUAUAAUGAGAAAAUAGAUUGGCAUAAUUAUGAUACUAUUAGGAAAGAUGCUAAUCGCACUGGUACAGGGGAACAAGGUGCCCCAGCUUAUUUAACUUCAUCUGAGAAUGAGAAUUACGAAGCCCUAUUUAAAGUGAAUGGUUUUAAUGCUGCGCUAAGUGAUAAAAUAGCAUUGGAUCGAUCUCUACCCGAUAUUAGACAUAAACAAUGCAAAGCUAAAAAAUAUUUGUCAAAAUUACCUUCAGUGAGUGUUAUAGUGCCAUUUCAUAACGAACACUGGACUACAUUACUUAGAACUGCUACAAGUGUUAUAAAGAGGUCUCCACCAGAACUUUUGAAAGAAAUUAUUUUAGUUGAUGAUUUCAGUUCCAAGGAAUUCAGCAAAAAGCCACUCGACGACUAUUUAGCUGUUAAUUUCACUAAAGUCACUGCACUCCAUUUACCAGAAAGAAGUGGAUUAAUCAGAGCGAGAUUAGCUGGUGCCAAAGUGGCAACUGGAGAUGUAUUAAUAUUUCUUGAUUCACACACAGAAUGUAAUGUAAAUUGGCUUCCACCCCUUCUAGAACCGAUUGCUCAAGACUAUAAAGUCUGUGUAUGUCCUUUUAUUGACGUUAUUCAGUAUGAAACAUUUGAAUAUCGUGCUCAAGAUGAAGGUGCAAGAGGAGCAUUUGAUUGGGAAUUCUUUUAUAAAAGACUCCCAUUACUUCCUGAAGAUUUAAAACAUCCUGCCGAACCCUUUAAAAGUCCCGUAAUGGCUGGGGGACUGUUUGCAAUUAGUGCCAAAUUUUUCUGGGAACUUGGAGGAUAUGAUGAAGGCCUUGAUAUAUGGGGUGGAGAACAGUAUGAACUUAGUUUUAAAAUAUGGCAAUGUGGUGGAGAGAUGUAUGAUGCUCCUUGUUCAAGGGUCGGUCAUAUAUAUAGGAAAUAUGCCCCAUUUCCUAAUCCAGGAAAAGGAGAUUUUGUAGGAAGAAACUAUAGAAGAGUUGCUGAAGUCUGGAUGGACGAAUAUGCACAAUAUCUUUAUAUGAGAAGACCACACUAUAAAGCUAUCAACCCAGGAGAUUUAUCAAAGCAGAAAGGACUUAGGAAAAAGCUGAACUGCAAACCGUUUAAAUGGUUUAUGGAAACUGUUGCAUUUGAUUUGCCCUUAAAGUACCCUCCAAUAGAACCUGACGAUUUUGGAUUUGGAGAAAUUAGGAACUUGGCUGUUCCAGAGCUGUGUGUAGAUUCUGGAUACAAAGAAAGAGAUCAAGUGGUUAAUAUUGCCACUUGUAUCAAAGAGAACAAUAAAAAAGGUGAACAAAACUUUACCCUUACUUGGCACAAGGAUAUUAGAGUCAAAGGCAAAACCCUCUGUUUUGAUGUUUCUGAUCCAAAUGAUAAGGCAGAUAUAACUUUGUAUCCUUGUCAUGGUCAGCAAGGAAAUCAGUAUUGGAGAUAUGAUGUGGAAAAACAGUGGUUUCUGCAUGGUGGAAACCCAAGAUGUUUGGAUUGUGAUCCUGGAUCUCUUAAAUUAUUUGUAACUACCUGUGAUGAAAAUUCAAAAACCCAAAAAUGGCGAUUUGAAAAUGUAAAUUUAACUAUGAUAGCCGACUGGAACAAUGUUGGUGUUAUCAAAUAACUAUUUACUGUGUAUUUUUAUUUUUUGUACAAUUUACAAAAAUAUACUUUUUAAAUA